GGUAAGAAACAAAUGCAUGAACUUAAAUUAAUAGACAGUAGUAGAAUUGGUAUCAACAAAAAAGAGUAUGGGCCUAUAAGUAAAAGUAAAAAAUGAAAGGCAGAGAAAAGCGAAAGAAAAAUGAAAGGCAGAGAAAAGCGAAUAGAAAUAAAAGAAAAUUAAAGGGAUAAUAAGUAGUAGAAGUGGGAGAGAGAGAGAGAAGGACACUUCGCCUUCCUCUCUUGACUCUCUUCAAGUCUUGGCUAGCUAGCUGGACUUCAACCCAUUACUACUUUUCUAAUCUCUUGACUGGCGGCAUGCCACUCUCUCUCUCUCUCUCUCAAACACACACACACACACACAAGCACACACAGCUUUACUACUUUUCUAAUCUCUUGACUGGCGGCAUGCCACCCUCUCUCUCUCUCUCUCUCUCUCUCUCUCUCACGCACACACACCUUUACUACUUUUCAAGUUCCUAUUUUCCCAAACAUCUCUCUAUACUUCUUUAUCUCUGUCUUUAUUUGGGGUCUUCCUGGCCUCUUGUCUGGUGGGCAUCUUCUCUCAUGCCAUGAAAUUAAUUCAAGUGACUCAAUAUGUAUAUUCUAGAGAUCGACAUGGUCAGACCUUUCCCAUUAUAAAACCAACCAAGUCAAUUUAAUUUAUUAGCUUCCAAGACUACCCUCCUCCCCAUCACUCUAGUUCAUUGUAACCAGAGCGUACGUGUCCGUAUAAUAUGGCUUAUUUAUUUAUUUAGUUGAGAAAAAGGCAAAACUACCAAUACCAUGACCUAGCAGGCUAGCACCUACUACUAAAGAGAGAUGAGCGGAUAUAUAUAUAUAUAGUGAUCCAAAUAUAUAAAGGGUUCUCUCUCUCAUUUAUCUGCAGCUACUUCUUCAUAUGUGUCAUAUGGAGUCCAUUUUCCUACUUGAUGAAAGAGCUCGCGCCAACCUUUUCCACCACAUUCUGCACUCUUUUGCCUCCUCCACUACUAGUUAUAUUUGCCUAUGGUCCUAUUUGCAGCCAUCCAACUGUUUACUGUUCAUGGAUGGACUCUACCAUGAAGAAAACAUACAACCCGGCUUUUCUUCUCCAGCUCGGAGCCUUUUUGAUCAAUAUCGACAGUCGAUAUUCACUGUUAAUGGGCGUGUUCCAGGACUUGCUUUCAAGAAUAGUCUUCCCUACAUUGAGAUAAAGGAGGUGGACCUUCUAAGCCGAGCAUCCAUUGAAUCACAGUUGCAAUUUUAUCAGGAGGCUAGGAUCAAGACUGCAAUAUUUAUGGGAUGCAAGACCGGAGAGAUAGAGAUAGGCAUGUCCAAUGGCACCCGGGUUAACAUGGGAGAGGAGAUGAAGAAGUGGUUUGUGGAAGAUUUAUCUGGACAACCAUUGCUUAGAGAGGUUCCUCUACUUCCAAUCAGUCAAACCCGGCCCUCGUCAUCUUCAUCUUCAAUGAGAUCAGCACCGUCCAUGGAUAGCACCGAGUGCUCUCCUUUUCUAUACACCACCAGUACUCCAAACACUAGCUACCCACAAGAAGCCCCCAUUGAGCAAGCAUUGGGACCAUUUAUAUCAACCACAACUACUACGAGUCCACACAGUCAAGCCAUUCAAGCCUUGAGCCAAAUCCGAGGCACUAAUCAAUUCCUAACAAUAGAGAGCGAAGAUGCUGCAAUGACAAAGGCCAUUCUUGCUGUUAUAUCUUCUCCUUCUUCAUCGUCUUCUUCUUCAUCACAUCGAAGUGCAUUUCGGAAUUAUAGAUCAGUUUUAGCCCCCUCCUCCUCGACUACUACUCAAUUGACAACCAAACUUCAAAAACAAAAUAUGUUGAAACGAUCAAUCAAGUUCUUUAGAAGCUUAAGCUUAGUUAUGCAAAACCAAGAACAAGGAAGCCGCCCCCCGAGCUCUCAGUUGCACCAUAUGAUCUCUGAGCGGAGAAGGCGAGAAAAACUCAACGAAAGCUUUCAAGCAUUGAGAUCACUACUUCCUCCAGGAUCUAAGAAAGACAAGUCCUCGGUGCUUACUAGCACAAUGGAGUAUGUGAGUUGUUUGAAAGCUCAAGUUGCAGAGCUUGCUCGACGAAACCAGCUGUUGGAGGCACAGUUUUUUCCUGCAAAAGAAGGUGAUCAUAGAGAAGUGAUCAAUGGCUACUCAAAUGUAAGAUUAGAUGUUCAGGUUACAAACAUAGCUGAAUCCACAUCAGAAGACAGAUUGGUGGACUUGAGAGUGAUUGUAAGAGGAGAAUGUGAUUUGUUGGAUUUUGUGAUUCGCAUACUCGACUUCUUGAAGCUCGUCAAGAAUGUUAGUUUGAUGUCUGCAGAAGCCGAAACCAGGAUUGUAGAAUCCAGCCCUAUCAAGCGGGUGAUUUUGAAAUUGAAAAUUGAGGGAAGUGAUUGGGACGAGCCCGCCUUCCAAGAAGCCAUAAGAAGAGUUGUUGCUGACCUGGCACAGUAACAGUGGGGCCAAUGCAUUUUCUGACAUGUGAAUACAUUAGGGGUAAAAAUCUCAUGGUGCAGCACCUCAUCGCUGCUGAUGGUGGUUCACUAUUUUUGUAUCGACGAUUAUAGAAUAAUCACACUGUGGAAGAGUUUCAAUACUUAGGUGCCUGUUUUGCAAAAUUUUGGUAGCCAUAUAUAUAUUUAACACCAAUGCCCACAAUACAAAAAUAUAUGAUCCCUUUUGGUGAUUGAGAAAUCCACCAAUUCGGGGGUGAAUUACCAUCAUCCAUCAUAGUAUGCCGCUGCACCCUUGAUCAUAUAAUUCUUGGACUUUAUGUGUCGCCCUUAUUGACUGCCUAUUCAAACGUAGACUAACAGAUUAAGAUUUGAUGGACUGAUUCAAAGCUGGUCCAACUUCAAAAAAAACAAAA